GUGAUUCUUCGGCGACGGGGGCUGGACAGUGUCCUUUGCACAGGCGUGGUAAAUGCGGCAAAAUGGGCUUCUUAAAAACAGCCAUGGAGCAGGCAGCGUUUAUGCGCGAUGCCUUGAGGGGACGCUAUCAAAAUGAAACUUGUUGAUUGGCUGAUUCCCAGACGGGGGCGGAGCCAGUGAAUUAGCUACAAACAGAGAUGCGGGCAUCCUAAUGAUCAAAACUACGCUAAUCUGAUGGACUCUUUUGAAGCCAUUGUCGUAUUAUAACAGUCAAAGGGGGCAGCCUUUACCCUGACUAAUUAGGUUAUUCAGCACUGGGCCUGAUGGUUUAUAAGCUCAAUAAAGAUCUCUAAGUGGAGCUGAAGCCACCAGGCAGGACAGCCGGCAGGGGCCACGAUCGCUAACAGGACAGGAGAACUUUCUGGAGAAUGCCACACUUAACCGACUGCAGCUUUUACAAGAUGGGAGAUGGGGCCGGAAUUUCAAACGUCCAGACUCACCUGGAGAACUCCAAGUUCCACCUGCACUCAGCCCAGGCGCAGCAGGUGAAGCAGUACCUGGCGCUGGGGACCCAUGUGGGCCAGCCAAUGGGCUCCAUCCCCAUGAUGCGCAACGGACACGCCCCCACCCCGGGCGAUGGCAACGACCAUGGCAGCCCUGUCACCCUGAUGUCCCUUCCAGCUGCCAGCCAUGACAGCGAGUUCCCCAUGGACGGAGUCAUCGAUGAUCUGAUCAGCCUUGAGUCUGGUUUCGGUGACGAGAGCCUGGAAUGUGUGGAGUCCAACAUGAUGAUGCAGAGCACUGUAUCCCUUGGUGGUGGUUUGCUGGAUGCAUACGGCUGUGAUCAAGAACAUGAAACCAGAGUUCUCACCAAAGAAAGGCAGAAGAAAGACAACCACAACUUAAUUGAAAGAAGAAGAAGGUACAACAUUAACUACAGAAUCAAGGAGCUGGGAACUUUAAUACCAAAGUCAAACGACCCGGACAUGCGUUGGAACAAGGGCACGAUCCUUAAGGCCUCGGUGGAGUACAUCAAGUGGCUGCAGAAGGAGCAGCAGCACGGACGUGAGCUGGAGGGCCGGCAGCGGAGGCUAGAGCAGGCCAACCGGAGGCUGUUGCUCAGGAUCCAGGAGCUUGAGAUUCAGGCGCGAGCCCAUGGACUCCCCAGCAUGGCGCCCCCUGCCUUGGCCCAGGUGGAACUGUCCUCACACCUCCAGAGCCAGCCGGCUCUACCUAUGCACCAGGAGGGCUCCGGUGGGGAAUACACACAGAGCACAGUGAGCGUGACCACGGCCGCCUUCUCGGACCCACUGACGCAUUUCACGGACUUCUUCGGCGCCACGCUAAAGGAGGAGCAGCGGCUAGAGCACAUCCUGAUGGACGGGCAGCUGUCCCCGUUUGGCGCCGACCCGCUCCUCUCCUCCACCUCCCCUGCCGCCUCAAAGGGAAGCAGUCGACGGAGCAGCUUCAGCACAGAUGAGGGUGAAGGCCAGUGACCCGCCCACUUACUGACCACGCCCCCUCACUUACACACCUCCUCACUGACACGCCCUCGAGUGACACGUCCCAGAGGCCCCUCCCAACCUGUACUGGCCACUCUCUGGAAUGAUAUCUGGGAUACUUUCACUCUUCCUGGGCCAGACACCCUAUCAGACUUGCUGGGGCUAGGACAUGCUCUCUGGGAUACACCCCCAGGACCGUUUGAGUGUUGGACACUAUAACACCCUAUAACAACCCCCCCAGUUUGUUAAUGCUAGUAUAAGUAAGGCAAUAAAUCCAGUUAUCAUUUAAACUAGUAAACCCUCCCUUUUCCAAAGACUCAUCAAACUACCAUCCCAGUACAAUCGAGGUCCAAGCCUUCAGGUGCUGAACCUUCAAAGGACAGCGCCCCCUGCUGUCAUCUGGACUCCACUGCGAAUGGUGCCUAACAUGCCAGAACAAAAGGGAGAUUCAAUGACCAGAUUUACCAGUUAACCAGCCAAUGGCCUGUUUCGAUAUCGUACUGAAUGAAUGUAUAUGAAAAUAAUAACCUUCAAUAUACAUACAUAUAGCUAUAACAUUUUUACUUAUGUUUUAUAUUUUAUUAUAUUAUAUUUUAUUAUGUUUUAACCCUUCUGAUCCAAAAAUCUUUUGAUAGCUCGCCUGUACAUACAUUGC